AUGGAUGAUGAUGACGAUCCGUUGCGAUUGAGGCCCUCGGCAGCGAAGCGGAAGCGCGUUACCUCUGUCACGUCUAAAGGAGUGGCUUCCAAAACGCUUGCCCGAGGCGGGAAGACGUCAAACACGCCCCUUAGUCGAUCUGCAAAGAAGAGGAAGGUGUCUUCCUCCGCCAUCGUAGACGAUGCAUCAUCGGCCACGCGAGUCUAUGCGUUGUGGAGGCAGGACAACCACUACUACUCGGGAACGGUAUAUUUGAUGUCAUCUGUGUCUCCUCCGCGCUACGAGAUUCACUUCGACGAUGGUACCCAAGACGUUGUCGACAUCACGAAGAUGCGCUUGUGCAAGCUCCUGAAGGGUGAUAACGUUCUGGUGCUAAAAGGCCAGAAAGCCGUCGUGGUCGACGUGUCGCGCUUCGACUCCGACCGAGUGGCUACAGUCGAGAUCGAUAACGGAGAAGAACUCGACCGCCUGGACCUCGAGGUCCAGGACAUCAGGAUCGCAUCUCGCACACUCAACAGCGCCUGGACAAAUAGAACGCUCGCUGUCGAGGACGUGUGUCCUGUAAUGAGGCCACACGCACUCAAGAAUUCUCCUUCGCCAUCGAAGAUGGCCCUCGGAAGUGCUGCUUCCACUAAGAGCGCACGCCGGCUGCUCGGGAAGACGGGCUUCGUGGUGACCAUGAGCCCUAGAGUUGACGAGUGGGAAAAAGAGAAGGACAAGAUUAUGCAGGCCAUCAAGGGCGUAGGCGGGAUUGUCAUCGACAACUGGACAGACGUCUUCGCUAUGGAAGGCGCUCUUAGUCAGAGCGGCAAGCGUUGGAUCGCCAAGUACGACGAUAUACGAUGUGUUGUCCGCAACGACAUCCAGCGAGUGUUCCUUCUGUCCGAUGACUACAAUGCGAAGCCCAAGUAUCUGAUCGCUCUCGCUUUGGGCAUACCAUGUUUGGACACCAGCUGGGUUCUGCAUAGUGUUGGCGAUGGGCAAGAGAAGGAUUGGCAACAGUACCUGCUCCCUGCGGGCUUAUGCGAAUCUCUCGAUACCCGUGUGUCGCAGCUUGUUGAUUUUGACUGGGGCAACUCAGUCGAGUACCUUCGUGACGUUACUGGAAAUCAAGCUGCGUUGAGAUUGUUCGCGGGGAAACGCGUUUUAUGUCUGGCUCCCGACUAUGUGCCCGUCGCGAAAUCCAGAAGAAAUAACUCCGACGCUGACAAGGCCAAAGAGGCGACUCGCAUGGUACCCUGCAUCAUUCUGGCGAUGGGUGCUUCUAGUGUCGAGGCCGUCCCGGACGUCAAAUACGCAUCCGCGAAAAACCUGUCUGAAUACCACUACGUUGUUGUCAAGGACCGCGGGGAUAUAGGCCGUGUCGCCUCUGGCCCGAAUUGCGUUCACUUCGGAUGGGUCAAGGACUGUUUGAUCGCCGGACGUUUGUUGCCUCUACCUCAGGAUUAG